AUGAGAUCAAGAAGGUUGUCCGAUGGAGAGUUUGGAUAUGAAUUGCAUGGCUCGUCUAAUUAAAAAUAUAGAAGAAAAGGCCAAGUAAAAAACGAGGAUGAGAUUGAGAUAGAAGUUCCUAAUGGGAACUUGACGAAAGGCAGGAUAUUCUUUAGUCACAACUGUGCUGGUUGUCAUGUUCUGGAGAAUACUCAUUUAAUACAGAAAUCAAUAUUUAAAUUUAUGACCAUCCUUGAGAACUGUGUAACUAAGAAGAAAUAGGUCGAAGAGAUUUCUAAUUACGGGAAAAACUUGACUGACUGCCUAUAAGUUCUAUUGGAUUAGAAAAAAGCCUUGGGAAUUUUUAGGGAAUCCUGA